GUUUGUGUGCUUCAGAACAGUGGUACAUUUUAUCACUGCAGAAGAAAAGAGAAAUUGAAGGAUAUGGCUGCUUCUUAAGAACAAAUGUGACAUCUUCUCUUCCACACAACUUUAUUGGGUCUGCACAUUUGCAGGUAUUCAGUGUGUCUUAGCAUUUGGUAACUUAAGUCCUUGGUGGACAAAAUCAAAAACUUUAUCCUGAUGUCAUAGAAGACCAAAUCUGAGAAAUUAAAUUUGCUCGCUGAAACACUUUAAAACAUAAAUGAUGGCAGUGGUGGUAUAGUCUCCGCUUUGCUCAUCUCCAUAUAACUGAACUGGACCUUGUUCUAUCUGGACACUGAUCAAAUAUGAUCAUGGUAUACGUUAUCAUAGCUAUUUACUAUUUGUUCUGCUUACCCAGAACAAAAAGUCUUAAAACAUUACAGCUGUGUGAGUGCAGUUACUGCAUUACUGUGGUGCAGACUAAAGUGAAAUAAACAACUUUUAACUACUGUUGGAAGGAGAGCACUUGACACGCAGGCACAUAAACCCCUCAGAUCACUUUCACUCAUCUUUGCUCUGGUUUCAAUCAUUAAACACAGUUUCGCACACAUCUCUACCUUGUUAUGUUCACUAAUAAAAAUGACAGGAGAGACAGAGAUUAAUAACAACAUAUGAAUAGAUAAGAAGAUGGAAUUUACUUUACAAUCUCAUUGACGUUCUUUCACUGAAGUGUGGAGGAGGCAGUUGUUGAGGUGAGGCCACAAUGUGACAAUAGAAUGAUUUAAUCUGCAGCUUAAUUCAAAGUAUAGUUCUGAGUUGCUUAUUGACGCUCACUGUGGCAGGUUUACAGCCCGGGCUUCCAAGGGCAGUUUGCAGUUGUUUCAUUUGUUUGAUCACUCGCAAAACACAUGUGGAGCAAGCUGAUCCAUACACAGUUUGUUGUGUGUCUCAGCAACAUUAUAUCAUAGUAUGUAUUAUAUCAUACAGAAACACAUUUUCACCAAAUCUCAAAAAUGCAAUUAUUACUCAAAUCAGAAAAUCUUUACAUAAUGCAUGAGGCAAUUCCACAGAUUUCAACACAGUUUAUCAUGUCUUUAAAAUGUUCUUUUGCACCUUUUGAGACAGUGGUUCUUGACAUGUUGCCUAAAAGUUGUGUAAAAAGAAAUCUAAUAAAAUGACACUUUGCUUUACACCUCAAAUUAUGCAACCAAAAUAACGUUUUCUACUGGAAAAACUCCUCAAGUUAAACAUCCAGUUCCUGUUAUGGAUAUCAGCUCAGACUCCCUUGAUGUUAACUGUCAUCUGCGCAUCAACUGCAAAACAGCGUGAUUUCAAGCACACUGUGGUUUUAAGUGGCAACACAAUCUAUUCGGUCUGUUUUGACUGGCUGAUUAGAAACACGUUUCCCAUCCAAUGUCAACCAAACACCAAAAGCAGGAUGGGGAAUCUGGAGUAUUGUUAGUGGAAAGUGUGAAACUUCUCUCUCCCUCUCAGCCAUCUGAGUACACAGACUGAGCCUCUUUCAUAACAUGACUCCUCCACCCUCAUCAACUCUGGAACUGAAGUUCAGUCAUGAAUUUGGACUCCAUCCCUGUGUGUAGACUGUAUGGGUGGAGACAGGAAGAAGCAGAGGAUGGACCAUCAGACGUCACCACCGCUCCCCAUCUCCGCUGUUAGACCUCUUCGUCUCCUCACGGCUCAGUCAGGAUUGAUGGUGAGUGGGGAUGAACAGGAGUGAGCGUGACUGCAUGAUGCGCAUUGAAUGAAAACCCGAGUGAAGGACUGCAAACUGGGAGUCAUUUUUGUCUUCCAAGCGUCGUUAGAUCCGCCGGUUUGCAAUCAACUUCAGAGGGAAGUCUUGGCUUUGUAUUUUGCGCUCCUGCCUUUGGUUUCGUGCCUCCUUGGAUGUUGCGCCACGCUGCAUAGCGUUUGCCAGCUGGCAUGUGAGUGAUAGCGUGCGGUUUACAGUACGCAGGCAAUAAUACAUUGAUCUUCACCAUUUUCAGUGGCAGGAACCCGAGCUGAUGAGUGCGCCCCACCUUCUCUCCAACUAUUAAACAAUAUGCUGUUUAUCGCGUUUGCCAGAUGAUACCUGUUGAUUUUGCAUCACGCCAUGUCCUUUUGUCGGACCGAAGUGGACAAUGAAGUUAUGGGAUAGCCUGACCACUUGUUUGAUACUGCUGAGUGCCGUGCACGGCAGCUCGCUGCUCCGGUCCAAGAGGAGGGUGCGCGCCGCCGAGAGUGCCUUGGAGCUCCCGCCGGUUCACAUCCGCCUGUCUGUCACUUCCCCGGGCGUCAGCCGCACAGAGGCGGAUACAGCAGGCUGGGAAGAGACGCUGUCUGGAGGAGACACAUACACCAUGGAGGAGCCCCCCCCAAAUGAGUUUGAAGAUGUGGUGGACUUCAUCAAAGUGACCAUCAGUAGAAUAGGCCGAUCCUCCUCAUCCACUGUGUCCUCAUCUACCUCCUCCCCCUCCAAAGAAAACUUGAGCAGCAGGACUCGACAAAGAAGGGAGAGGAAGAAGGGGGCGAGCCAGCAGAGUGGUAAAGGAGGAACAGAAGGAGCUAGAAGGGUGGAGACAGGAAGGAAGUUUAGGGGAGGAAGAGGUAAUGGACGAGGAAAGGGCUGUGUGCUCAAACAGAUACACCUCAAUGUGUCAGACCUCGGUCUGGGCUACCGCUCCAGCGAGGAAAUGAUAUUCAGGUACUGCUCUGGACCCUGCAGGAAGUCCGAGACCAACUACGACAAAAUCCUUUACAACCUCGCUCACAACAGGAGGCUUCCUCCCAAAGACACGCCCCCUCAGGCUUGCUGUCGGCCAAUAGCGUUUGAUGAUGACCUCUCGUUUCUGGACGACAACCUCGUCUACCACACCGUGAGAAAGCACUCUGCCAGGAAAUGUGGUUGUGUGUAGGGAGUGUGAGCUGGUGUCAGGCUUUGUGUAAUUUUACAUUCACUCCCACUUACAAGUAUGAUGUUGAGUGUUUUUUCUUCAGAUUUUUCUCACCGUGAGGAAACCUUCUGCCGUUGUGUGUGGCUGUGUAUGACUUGAGUCCAUCAGUAAAGGAGUAAAUAAAGAGAGGAGGUGGCACAGUUUUUACCCCAAAACAAUGAUUCCUAAUGAUCCUCUUCUUCUCUUCCUUGGCUCAAUCACAAUGUCCACGAUUUCCUUUACACUUUACAUCACUAAUGUGUUCAGUGUGAUUUUAAAUGUUUCCAUGGAUACGCAACCUAAAGGACUGAAAUCAAUCAGACACAAGGGAUAAUUCAGUAGACUCAUUCUGUCUACUGUAUAGCACAUAUGUUACAUGGAAAAAGUUAUACACAUAGGAAAUGUAUUUAUGAAAUCAUGAAUUUAUUAACUUAUUGAUAUUUAUUUUGUUUUUAUAAAAGGAAUAAAUGUUAUUUAUUUUUGGAAUGUGAUAUCUCAGUGUGCCAAAGGUUUAAAUCAAAUCAUUUUAUGAUUUAUUUCCAUAUAAAAGCAGUAAAAGACUGGGCUUACAGUGCAAAAUGAUCUUUUACACAUCAGUAUGUUAAAGGUGCCUUGUGGAGUCAUCUUGUAAACAAACAAAGUUACAUUGCUGUGUUCUUUCCUCAUAAAUCAUUUACAAAGCUGAUUUUUAAAUAUAUAUAAUGUUUUAAAUCUCCAGAAAUGUGUAUCUCAUCUCCCGCAAGCUCAAUCAUGUAGUAGUUACAUUUUUAAAGUGAGAUUUCCUCACUUUUAAAUUGUCUUAUUUAAUUGUUAAUAAAAGCAUUCUACACAGUGAAGUGUGCGUGCACCAUUCAAACAACAUGGGGAACAACUCUUAAAAACAUGGCUCCAUAGUGCUGCUAGUGGCAAAAAAAAUCCACAAGGCAUCUUUAAACUUUCCUCAGUUUUUUAACGUUUACAAUGUUUAAUUUAAGUGUAAUUUCACUGCAGUGUUUCCUGUUUUUUUAUUAAUGAGGUGAGAAAAGCUAUAUCAAAACCUUUCUUUCUCAUGAUUAGAAGAAUAGUUGAUUAUUCACUGCUAAUUUCAUGUCCUCUCAGAUGAAUUGCUAUGUCAGUGAAACAAGAUUGUAUUUUCCUCACUUUAAAAACGUAACUACAGCUUUAUUUUUAUAUGGUAUUCACUUUUGUCUCAUAUAAUUGUUAAUAAAUGCAAUUGACACAG